AGAGAGGGUUCUACAAGUCCACAGAGAGGGUUCUACAAGUCCACAGAAAGUGUUCUACAAAUGCUCCCCCUCAAAAUGUCAAUACACGGCCCUGGCAAUUCUCCUGACGUGACCUACUAUGGUAUAGAAGUGACCUGGAAGUGUUUAACUCUUUCCAUGGAACUUUCCUGCCUCACCUGAGAGUAGAGGAGGUGAGAAACCGCCCUUUCUGGGAAAAUAACUGCAUUUUGUUUCCUCCCUCAAGGCUUAAAAUAAGAGCACACACUCUUCUCUCUCACACACAAAGUUUUGUCGUUAGAUAGUUGGUCGCUGUGCUGACAAUCUUCCAGAACCUAUUCCUGACCUACGCUCCAAAGCACAGAUUUAGGAUCAGCUCAUCCUCAUCAAAUCCAAACCAGGACCUUAAUAAACCACAAGGGGAACACUGACCUCAGACCAGCGUUUAAACCCCACGUCUUCCUGCCCAGACACUGACUCUGUCUAGAGUUCCUCCGUGCUCCAGCCGUAUAUCCAUCCAUCCAUCCAUCCAUCCACACCCCAGCCAUCCAGCCAUGGGUCUGAUGAGUGAGGACAUGGAGUGCUGCGUCUGCCUCCAAUCCUACUCUCGUAGGGAGAAGAUCCCUCGGAUGCUCCACUGUAAGCACACAGUCUGUGGGCUGUGCUUGCAGGCGAUGUCCAGGCACCAGAGCGGCCUACUGACAGUCUGCUGCCCACUGUGCCGUUGGAUCACCUGCACCGAGCCCAGCCUCACCCUGCCGGGGUCGCUGUGGGUUAACACUGAGAUCUGGGACCAGAUACUAGACACACAACAGGAAGAGGAGGAGGAGGAAGAGGAAGAACAGUGGAAGGAAGCUAACAGACAGACACAGACCACUACACCGUACACAUGGUCUCCAUCAAGGCAUUGUGGCCUGAGGCUCAAACUACAGAAUUUCCUGAGGAGGAUGAAGCACAAUGUACUGUAAACCGAGAAGACGAAGAGCAGGGAUAAAGAACACUGGAUGUUACCAUUUCAGAGUAGGAGAUACUCAUUGAGUAAUGAAGCUAAUUCACUAAACAGGACCGACCGGGGAUUUUCAAUAAUGACGCAAGAUAGAACCAAUUAUUAAUAUUCUUUGGGUUUGAUUGACUUUGCGUAUGUGUAAUGUUCUCAGUCAACUUACCUGGUAAAAUAAGGGUUAAAUAAUAAUGAAGGAUAGAUAGAUAGAUAGAUAGAUA